AGCUCUUCAAGAUGACCAGCAGCUGUGCAACCAGAACUCAAACCUGGACCAGGAGCAACCAGAGUCUGCUCGUAUUAAAGAGGAAGAGGAGGAACUCCUCAGCAGUCAGGAGGAAGAGCAGCUUUGGCUGAAGGAUGAAACUGAUCAGUUUUCAAUACCGGCUGCUCAUGAGGAAGAUGGUCACAGUGAUCCAGAACCAAACAGGGACCACAUUCCCACUUACAGUCCUCCUGCAGACCAACAUUCACCUUUAGAGGAAAGCACGGGUGAAGACUCAGGACCAACAACGUGUGCAGAUACACAGCCAGAAAAGAGCUGUAUAAUGGAGACAAAUGAGAACGUAGGAGAGUCCUUUCUGUUAGAAAGUCAUUGUAAUGAAAGAGAUGAGAAACAACAUUCCUGCAAGUUCUGUGGGAAACAAUUUAAAAUAAAAAAUCGGUUAACUGUUCAUGUAAGAACUCACACAGGAGAGAGACCGUAUUCUUGUCAAACAUGUGGAAAAUGUUUUAGUCGCAGGAGUAGUUUGGUGUACCACAAGAGAAUUCACACAGGUGAGAAGCCGUAUUCUUGUCAAACAUGUGGAAAAUGUUUUAGUCACAGCAGUGGUUUGGUGACCCACAAGAGAACUCACACAGCUGAGAAGCCGUAUUCUUGUCAAACAUGUGGAAAAUGUUUUAGUCACAGCAGUGGUUUGGUGAACCACAAGAAAAUUCACACAGCUAAGAAGCCUUGUUCUUGUCAAACAUGUGGAAAAUGUUUCAGUUACAAGAGUACUUUGGUGCGUCACAUGAGAAUUCACACAGGUAAGAAACCGUAUUCUUGUCCAACAUGUGGAAAAUGUUUCAGUCACAAGAGUGCUUUGGUGUACCACAUGAGAAUUCACACAGCUGAGAAGCCGUAUUCUUGUCAAACAUGUGGAAAAUGUUUUAGUCACAGGAGGGGUUUGGUGAACCACAAGAAAAUUCACACAGCUAAGAAGCCGUGUUCUUGUCAAACAUGUGGAAAAUGUUUCAGUUACAAGUGUACUUUGGCGCGUCACAUGAGAAUUCACACAGCUGAGAAGCCGUAUUCUUGUCAAACAUGUGGAAAAUGUUUCAAUUACAAGAGUACUUUGGUGCGUCACAUGAGAAUUCACACAGGUAAGAAACCGUAUUCUUGUCCAACAUGUGGAAAAUGUUUCACACAAAAUGAUGAUUUAAAGUACCACAUGAUCACUAACAGAGAAUGUCAAAAGCCACCUUCUAUAUGUGGAAAAGAUUCAAUCUAAAUCACGGGCUGUGAAUCAAUUAUCUUUGGCCUGCAUGAUCAUAUCUAAUCUUAUUAGAGCUGGCCUGCUGAUACAGCACAUGUACCAAGGCAAGGCAAAUUUAUUUGUAUAGACAAUUCAAAGUGCUUUACAUAAAUACUACAAGUCCCACAAUGCACUGCCAGUACGUUUGCAAUCACAGGCCCGUGAGCGAGUACCUCACCGAUUCUCCAGAAACCUGACGGAGCUGCUCACCUUUGUCAACAACCCCUCUCCCCAGAAAAUGGCUAAAGGAAAAGUGGACUUUGUAAACAGAGAAUAAGUUUGUGGAUGUAAAGGACAAAGCUGUGUGUCUUCUGUGUGGAGACAGAGAGGCUGGAAUGAAGGAAUACAACGUAAGAAGACACCUUGAAAUGAAGCACCACCACA